ACGCCCCACAUUGGCUUCACGUUCUUCCGCCUACCUUUUGGUCACAUGGCUGUGACAUCACAACUUCCUGAAUGCCACUGCAUUCUAGCAACAAGGCACAAACUAUGGCAGAGGGGAGUGCGGACACAGAAGCAGAAAUCCAGAAGAGAUUGCAGGAACUUGUUGACCAUCUUUAUACAUUCCGAGACCACUAUUUUGAGACGCACAGUGUGGAAGAUGCUGCUAGGAAGCAAUAUGAUGUUGAAAAGGAAAUGGAAAAAACCAUUGCACAGAUGGACGAGAUUGAUGAUACCUGGAAGAGUAAAGCUUUCUUUUUAAUGCUUCGAGGAAAGGCCUUAAAUGUCACUCCGAAUCAUAGCCAAGAGGCAGAGGAUGCACUAUCUAAGGCAGUAAAAUUGGAUCCUGGACUUGUAGAAGGUUGGAAUCAGCUGGGAGAGGUGUAUUGGAAGAAAAUGGAUGUGGCAGCUGCUAAAACAUGUUUUUUGGGAGCACUGAAUCACUGCAAAAAUAAGGUUUCUUUGCGUAACUUGUCCAUGGUGAUGCGACAGCAGCGAUCACAGGAUUCUGAGGAAAAUAGUAGAAACAUAAUGGACAGUGUGAAAGAAGCAAAGCAAGCUGUACAAAUGGACCCACAAGAUGGGACUUCCUGGUACAUCCUCGGUAAUGCUUACCUCUCGCUUUUCUUCUGCACUGGACAGAAUCCUAAAAUCUCUCAGCAGGCUUUGAAUGCAUAUGUGCAGGCAGAAAGAGUUGACAAGACGGCAUCCAGCAAUCCAGAUCUGCAUCUCAACCGAGCAACACUAUGUAAGUAUGAAGAGAGAUUUGAAGGAGCAUUAGAAGGCUUUUCACAAGCUGCCGCUUUAGAACCUUCAUGGACUGAGCCAGUCAUGAGAGAACAGCAACUGCUUGAUUACCUGGGUAAACUGUGUGGCCUUCUAUCCAACAAGGGCAAGAUACGAGGGAAGAGGCUGCAGAAUAUGUUGAGUAGCCUGACUCCUUCUCUUCUUGGUCAUUUUGGUGGCUCUGGAGGGUUAGAGUUUAAACCACUGAGUUCUUUGGAGCCAGGCAGGAACCCUGGCUGUGUAGUGUUGGGGAGAGUUGUAUUCAGCCUUAUGCCUGAGGAACGAGUGCCAUUCACUUUUGGGCUAGUAGAUGCAGAGGGCACCUGUUAUGCAGUAAUGGUUUAUAACAUGGUAGAGAGUUGGGGUGUCCUCAUUGCAGAUUCUGUGACCAUUCCUGAUCCUCAAUUGAAGCAGCAUAAUAUAAAGCAUAAAGGCCAGAUGUUUUCAUUCCAAAGUAUACGUGUUGACUCCCCUGUCCAGUUAUUAGUCAAUGGCAAGCCACAGGGACCUAGCACACAAGCCAGUGCAAUAGUCGCUUACAGGCCUCAGAGUGAUUGAAGAACAUCAGGAUCUUCUUGCAAUGCUGUGAAGAGCAGGGACAUGAAGGAUAUUUGCCAUUUGUGCUGCAUUUUAUAGCCACAAAAAGCUGCAUGAGAGCUAAGCAUUUUUUGGUAAUAACACUUAUAAGAACUGAUUUGUCCAGUUCCUUUAUAUCUAGUUGGUGCUACAGAUUACUUUGGCAAUAAAUCAUGUCCAGUAUCACAAUGGCUGCAUUGAUCUUAUGACACAGCAGUGCCCUUAUCGCAACUUUGUGUCUUAAUUACUUUUUUUCCCCGGUCUCAGCCUUUUUUUAAUAUUUGUUUCCUCCACCUUUCCAUUUAGUGCUUGUAUUUAUAAAUUUGAUAUAAGAUUGUGAUUAUUUAUUUUUGCCAAUAUUUGUUGUUCCCCAUAUGUUUAGAGGGAAUUUUUGUGUAAAGAAUUAAAAAAAAAAUAACUUGGUAGUGUGUUGCUGGUAUUUGUUCACACUUUGUUUGAAGUUGCACAGAAU